GAGCCACCAACCAAAAAUGAUUCGUUUGGUUCUAGUUUCUUCUUUUAUUUUGAUCUUGGGUUUCUACGAAGUCAAAGGUGCACCAAAUUACCUUUCACUCAAGAAUGACGAGACACGUCCUCCCUAUCGGUCAAUCGAAGGAAAAGAUCUUUUGGGUUUGGCUGGUGGUGCUAUGAUCUUUGCUGGUGGUGUUGUGAAAACUGCUGGGGUGGUUAACCUGGGUCUGGCGCCAUUAUAUUUUGCUCCACCAGUUGCUGCGGGAGUCUGCCUGACGUACGCAGUUGUGAGUUACGGAUUAGAAAAAACUAAGGAAGCUGCGGGUUACGUAACAGAAAAAGCUCAGGAAGCUGCGAGUUACGUAACAGAAAAAGCUCAGGAAGCUGCCGUAUCCGGAGUAAACGAUGAAAUAAGCAAGAAAUUGUCGUAAAAACAAGCAGAUGAAUUGAAUAGUGCCUUUUGGUGUGAAAAACUUAUGGCAUUAAAUUUUGUUUAGACAA